UUCCUUCCUUGUAAUUUCCUGUCUCGUUGAGCUCCUAUCACGCGCAAGCCUUGGCGGUCAAGGGAGUGCGUGCAUUUAGGGUUGGUGGUAAGCGUUCUUCAGCACAGGGCCAGUAGCAAAUAUUGCAGCUUGCUGCUCGCUUUAGCUGCUGAUUGUGUUCUUCUUAGAACUUCUUCUGGAGAAGAGCUUAGUUGUCUGAGAGUUGUGGUGUAUUGGAAUUGUUUGAAUGGGAGGGGGAGAGUCUAGACAUUACAGUUCUCAUCACUACCCAUACGAUUCUGGGAACUCUGCAGAUUACAGUCCUCAUCACCGCCCAUACGAAUCUGGGAACUCUUCAGGUUACUCACCAAGGUACUCCACUAUGUCUACAAGCUAUGCACAGGCUGAAGCAACAAGCAGGGUGCAAAAGAGGUAUUCAAGAAUCAAUGAUGAUUUCCAGACACUCAAUCAGGUCACUGAUGCCCUUGCAGAAGCAGGCCUUGAAUCUUCAAAUUUGAUUGUGGGAAUUGACUUUACAAAGAGCAAUGAGUGGACAGGUAAAGUUUCUUUCAAACGCCGAUGUUUGCAUGACAUUGGGAGUGACCCAAAUCCCUACCAACAAGCAAUAUCUAUUAUUGGAAGGACACUCUCUGCUUUUGAUGAAGAUAAUCUGAUUCCUUGCUAUGGAUUUGGCGACGCAUCUACUCAUGAUCAGGAAAUAUUCGGCUUUUAUCCAGAUAACCGACCAUGUGAAGGAUUUGGAGAAGCACUGGAGCGGUACAAGGAGCUGGUGCCAAAUCUCCGCCUAGCUGGGCCAACAUCCUUCGCUCCAAUUAUUGAAACAGCCAUAGGCAUUGUCGACAACUCUGGUGGGCAGUACCAUGUUCUACUCAUUAUUGCUGAUGGACAGGUAACAAGAAGUGUUGACACACAAAAUGGGCAACUAAGUCCACAAGAGAGAAAUACUAUAAACGCAAUAGUUAAAGCUAGUGAUUUUCCAUUGUCAAUAGUUCUGGUUGGAGUCGGUGAUGGUCCAUGGGAUAUGAUGCAUGAGUUUGAUGACAACAUACCUUCCCGGGCAUUUGAUAAUUUCCAGUUUGUGAAUUUUACGGAGAUAAUGUCUAGAAACAUUCCUGCGAGUCGAAAGGAGACAGAAUUUGCACUUGCAGCACUGAUGGAGAUCCCUUCACAGUAUAAGGCAACAAUAGACCUUCAACUUUUGGGUCGACGAAAAGGGAUACCUGAAAGGGUUUGUCUACCUCCACCAACUAGGAACCGUUAUUCAAGGUCAAGCAGUUUCGAGCAAGGACCUGCAUUCACCAGAAAUAGCAGCUUUGAGCAAGGACCUGCAUACACCAGAACUCCCAGCAUCUUGGAGCAAGGAUCUGGAAUCACUAGAAGUCCACAAGCUAUCUCGUCUGAAAGACUUAUAGAGGAGAAGCUGACCUGCCCAGUUUGCCUUUGGAAACAAAAGGAUCUUGCUUUUGGAUGUGGCCAUCAGACAUGUUACGACUGCGGAAAAGAGUUGCAGCGUUGCCCUUUAUGCCAGGAUAAUAUUACAACUAGGAUAAAGCUCUACUAAUCCCUGAACAAAAAUGCAUUGCACUCGCAAAGAUCUUGUAGGUCUGUCUCUUCUUGCAUUUCUGAAUCUGUGUGGAUCACUUCUUGAUAUUUCAAUAAGGUUGCACUCUUUUCGUAGUGUAACAUUGCUGAUUGUUGCUUUAUAUUUUUCUUGUGAAUUUUAUUGAAGUUGUAUAUUUAGUCUCAUUCGAAGAGAACUAGUGGCUAUGCCAUUAGUGAAUUUGUUUACCGAUUUGAAUUUAAGGUGGCAUUUGGUUUA